AUGCCACUUAGAAAGUGGAAGUCAAAUGCAUUAAAUUUUGAUAAUGAUGAAAUUACAACUACCUCUUUAAAUUUAAAUAUUGGAUCUGAUAAUCCUAAUAUAAAGUUAGUUCUAGGCUUAGGUUGGCAAUCAGAUUCCGAUGAACUUUGUUUUAGUAUAAAUAAUAAAAUCCCCAGUGUCAUGACUAAACGUACUAUACUUUCUGUAAUUUCACAAAUUUUUGAUCCCUUAGGCCUACUCGCCCCCUGUGUUAUUAGUAUGAAAUGCUUAUUACAGAAAUUAUGGCUACUGAAAUUAUCAUGGGACGAUCCUUUACCAUCAGAUAUAUCAAGAUCUUGGAAUGAAUUUAUUAUCAAUUUACCCUUACUUAAUGAUCUGCGCAUUAUACGUAACGUUUUAGUAGAUUCUUAUACAUAUAUAGAUCUUCAUGUUUUCUGUGAUGCUUCACAAUAUGCUUAUGGAGCAUGUUUAUAUAUUUGUAGCGGAAAUGAUAACGGUGAAACUUUAGUUCGAUUGCUCAUGGCAAAAAGUCGAGUGGCUCCAAUCAAACCUAUGACCAUGCCGAGACUGGAGCUUUGCGGAGCACUUGUGGCGUUACGGCUUUAUGAAAAGGCGACUAAUGCACUUCGAGUCAAGGUAAGACGUACGUUUUUUUGGACCGACUCUUCUAUCGUAUUGGGGUGGCUUAAAAUGGUACCUAGUAAAUUACAACCCUUUGUACGCAACAGAGUUGGAGAAAUUUUGGAAAAGUCUCUUAACUGUAUUUGGAAGCAUGUUCCCACUCAUGAUAAUCCCGCCGAUCAUAUUUCCCGUGGAGUUGAUGCUAAAACUAUUAUGUCACUAGACAUUUGGUGGUCUGGGCCAACGUUUUUAAAACGUGAUAUGUCACAAUGGCCUACUCAUCCCAAAAUUGUUGGGCCACUUCCGGAAUUGCGUUCUGUUAUAGCAGUAAAUGUUGCAAUCACAAAUAAUGAUGAUAAUGAUUUUAUAAAUUUUAGUAAAUUUUCAAAUUUUUCUAGGCUUAAACGCACAGUAGCAUAUGUUUUACGCAAGUCGAACUUCCAAGUAAAGUUUUCCGAGAACAUCGUGCGUCCCGACUCUCGUCGAUACAAAAACUUUGCUGGAGCCCGCAUGGGAAAGGAU